GGCGAUGUUGGUGCUUAUGUCUAUUUUUUUGUUAAAGUUUUCAUAUUUUUCCCGUCUUAUCUUUCUGAUUUAAGCGUCACUUCAGUUACCAUUUGUGUUGAAUUGUUUUAAAUUAUUGGCUGAUUUUCGUUCUCCUCCAUUUCUUGUUAGAACAUGUUUAUUGGACGGUUCUUAGGUUGAGUUCUUAGCAGAAUAUAAAAAAACCGUUUUUUAACUUUUAAUUAAAAAAAUUAAGAACCGGCUCUUAGAGCACAUCCAACGCUGAAACGUUCGACUUGAUAACCAAGGUAGAUUAUUUUAAUAUUUUUACUUUUUUCAGCUUUAAAAAAAAAAAAAUAAAAUAGAUAAAUAAGGGAGCCAAUUGCGGGAUCCCACAUGACGGUGGGACCCGUGCACAGUGAUGAACCUUGCAGAGAGUUAAUCCUUCACUACGAACUUUAAGAGAUUAUUAUGGCACAAUUUCUUAAAUUUUUUAGGUCCCACAUAUUAUAAAAAUCAUUUAGUGCUAAGGAUUUUUUCCUAAGGAGCUGUGUUGGAGCUGUUCUUAAGAACCCCAACUUAAGAACUCUCCAAUAAACAUGCUUUAAGGUUGUAAAAGCAAACCCGAAGAACCUGUCAGCAUCCCAUAGUAUAAUUUGAAAAACUGAAGUAAUUUUUUCUGUAUCUUUAAAAUCAUUGAUGAGCAAAAUAUGGUUUACCAACAUGCAAAAGAAAAGCAUAGAAAUGCUCAGAUAUAAUAUUCAUCAGAGCUGCAUGCCAUGGAAAAGAGUAUUACAUAAAUAUGCCUAGAUCAAUUCAGUUUUCUUUGCAUAUUCUAGAAGCCACAUAUCAUAUUUUUAGUGAUUUUAUAUUAACUCUUUGAGUCCAGAAAGAAAGAAAGAAAAACUAAUUUACCCUUACAGUUUAGUAGAACCGAAUCACGCCCAUCACCGUAGCAAUGUCAUUAAAACUGAAUUUCUUUAACCUAACGUCAAAGCAAACAUCUUAUUGAUCUGAAGAAAGGUUGAAAAAAAAGCUAAAAACAUGUAUCGACACUAAUACGGUCUGUGUUACUUUUAAAAUUGUUGGCAAGCAAUUUGUAAAAUCUCGGAUAAGGCACCGAAGAGGCAUCAGUUUAUUCACAACGGUCUCAAGACUACUUUUUCCAAAAGGCAGUCAAAAGAAUAAAUGAUAUCAUUAUGGGAAAUUGUUACACAAAUAAAUCCCUCCCCCUCCCCAAGGCCCAAACGUCUACAAAAGGAAGCCCUAAGAGUCACGAGAGUAAACAAUUCUUUAAAGAGAAAAAAAAAAACUCCAGUGAAAGUUGGAUCCUCUGGUCUCAUAAUUCGUUUUUGUUUGGCAUUUUGAAAAUUAUCUUGUAUUAAUUUUUUUUAAAAUUCAUCUAGUAAAAUGCAGAGUUCUAUUAAGAUUGUGGAUGGAAACACAACGAUCUGCUUAGACGCCGAUAGCUCCAAAACCAUCAACCUCAAAAUCGACGAAGCUCCAACACGUCCAUACAGUGGACAUGACCUUCCUCAUGGUGAUGUCAUGCAGAUUUCUAAAAUGACUGUUGAUGGAAAGACCACUAUCAACAUAGAGGCGGAUUGCUCCAAAAUCAUCAACCUUAAGAUCAAUGAUGACCCUACCCGAUCAAACGUUCGCAAUUGUCAACUCAUGCAGAUUUUUGUGAAGACUUUUACAGGAAAGUUCAUCUCCUUGAAGUGUGAAGACGUUGACACCAUCAAAAACGUAAAGGCCAAGAUCCAGGGUAAAGAGGGCAUUCCGGUGAACAAGCAGAUGCUGAUCUUUGCUAGCAAACAGCUUGAGGAUGGUUGGACUUUGGCUGACUAUAACAUCAAGAAGGACUCGACCAUUCACUUGAUUCAGCGUCGUUAAGACUUGUGGAGAUGCUGGUGCUUAAUAGUGUUCGUGUUUCUCUCCUUUUUUUGUAAGACUUAUGUUAACUAGUGUAGUUAACACACGCAAAAAUCAAGACUUCUUGUGUCUUGUUUUUAUUAAAUUUUUCAUUUUUUUUUUCUCUUUUCUGGUGGCGAUGUUGGUGGUUGAUGUUGUUCGUGUUUCUUGUCUUGUUUUUGUUAAUGUUGUUAUGUAUUUUUUUUUGCUAAGACCUACGUUCACUAGCGGAGUUAACAAAUUAAAAAUCAAGACAUUUUGUGUCUUGUUUCUGUUAAAGUUUACGUUAGUUUUUUUUUCUUGUCUUACUUAAUUUUCCCAUCAAUCUAUAUGGUGAUUUUCUUCAUUUAGUUCAAACCCAAAAUCACACACCAAUCCAUUGGAUAUCUCGUGUGUCGUUGAUGUCUUACCUCAGCGGCUCAGCCCCAUCAUAGUGUCAUCUACGUGGUUAGCUUAGCUUCCUUGACGAAUAGAGCAGAGUUGUUGUUGAUAAACGCAGAAGAGAUGUCAGGAGUAAGUGGAACUUGAUCACUCCAUCCAAACUCAGAACAACCGAUUGAGUUACAACCCUGGUCUGAGCUAAAAUACUGAUGACACCCAUUACCACCAAACUGAUUGUUGUUGUAUUUACAUUUAGUUUAAGUUAUUGGGCAUUUAAAUUGGAGGGCUUUUAACGUAUAUUCAAUAUUGUAAGCAGGUCCUAAAGUAGGUAUUCACACGUGACUAAAUCGAUUCACAUAUCUCCAGAUCAAGGUUUGUCUACGUCCAUACAUAAACAAAUAUCUCCAUGUCUGAAAACAAAUCGAAUCAUAAAGUGUUUUUCCACGAAGUAUAUAUAUUCUAUCCACUUCAUAUCCGUCACGCCGAGAUCCGAUCUAAAUAUGAUAUUGCAAAAAUCAUAGUUGGUUCUGGUUUGUGAAUAUGACUAUUUAAAAAAUUGAUUGUCUCAUUAAUCCAAGUUCAACUGCAAACAGUCUAACAUUAUUAAUUAUACAUAUAUUCCCUCCGUUUUUAAUAUAAAUCGUUUUAAAAUUAUGCACAUAAAUUAAAAAAAUCAUUAAUUUUUUAUAUUUUAUAAACAAAAACAUCAUUAAUUAUUUAUCUAACCACAAAUUAAUCAAUAAUAAAAUAAAAGAUAUAUUAUCAUUGGUCAUAUAACAUUAAGUGUUAAUAAAUUUUACAACGAAAACCGAAAACGUCAUGUAAUUUGGAAAUGUAAAAAAUUCUCUAAAACGACUUAUAU